AUGGAAUUAGAGAAUAUCGUCGCCAACACUGUCUACUUGAAAGCCAGAGAGGGUGGUUCCGAUAGCAACAAGGGGAAAAGCAAGAAGUGGCGGAAGAUCCUCCAGUUCCCACACAUAUCACAAUGUUUAGAUAUAAAAACAAAAAUAGAUGUAGGUUACGACUACGUGGUGGACCAGCAGCCGAUAGGCAAGCUGCUCUUCCGGCAGUUCUGCGAGAAAAACAGACCGGAGUACCACAAGUACAACAACUUCCUAGACGCGGCGGAGAGGUAUGAGGUGGAAGUGGACGAGACGAGAACGGCGCUCGCCUCGGAGGUGUUUGGCCAGUACCUGAAGACAGAUGACGCGCAGGCUGUCACUGACGUGGUCAGCGCUAGCGUCAUAGACGACACGAGUGCGCUACUAGAAGGUGGCUCAAAAGACAUAUUCACAGAAUGCAUCAAAUGCGUAAAAAACUUCCUCGCCGGCACUCCGUUUGCGGAGUUCGAGCGGUCGAUGUAUUUCCACCGAUACCUGCAGUGGAAGUGGUUGGAGGCUCAGCCGGUCACUCAGCACACUUUCCGGAUGUACCGGGUACUGGGGAAGGGCGGCUUCGGCGAAGUUUGCGCGUGUCAGGUUAGAGCAACCGGAAAAAUGUAUGCUUGCAAGAAGCUCGAAAAGAAGAGGAUAAAAAAGCGAAAGGGAGAGGCGAUGGUGUUGAUAGAGAAGCAAAUAUUACAGCGGAUCAACUCGCGGUUCGUCGUCAACCUGGCGUACGCUUAUGAGACGAAGGACGCGCUCUGCCUAGUGCUCACCAUUAUGAACGGUGGCGAUUUGAAGUUCCAUAUAUAUAAUAUGUGUGGCGCCGACACGGGGCUCGGUUUGGAGCGUGCGAGGUUUUAUGCAGCUCAAGUUGCUUGCGGCCUCGAGCACUUGCAUAAAAUGGGCAUCGUAUACAGGGACUGCAAGCCGGAGAACAUCCUGCUGGACGACGCGGGGCACGUGCGCAUCUCGGACCUGGGCCUGGCCGUGGACGUGCCGGAGGGCGGCAGCGUGCGCGGCCGCGUGGGCACCGUCGGGUACAUGGCGCCAGAGGUGAUAGAUAAUGAGCGGUAUACAUUCAGCCCGGACUGGUUCUCGUUCGGGUGUCUCGUGUACGAGAUGAUAGAGGGCAGAGCGCCGUUCAGAGCGCGCAAGGAGAAGGUGAAACGGGAAGAGGUGGACAGGAGGGUUAAGCACGAGCAGGAGAAGUACUCGGGCAAGUUCAGCGAGUGCGCGCGGUCGCUGUGCGCGGGGCUGCUGGUGAAGUGCGCGGGCGCGCGGCUCGGCUGCGGCGCGGGCCGGCGCGGCGCCGCGCACGUCAAGGCGCACCGCUUCUUCAGCAGGCUCAACUUCGCGCGCCUCGAGGCCGGCAUGGUGGACGCGCCCUUCGUGCCCGACCCCCACGCGGUGUACGCUAAAGACGUGCUGGACAUCGAGCAGUUCUCGACGGUGAAGGGCGUGAACCUGGACGCGGGCGACGACACGUUCUACGGCAAAUUCAACACCGGCUCCGUCAGCAUACCGUGGCAGACCGAGAUGAUAGAGACCGGCUGUUAUACAGAGCUGAAUGUGUUCGCGAGGGGUGAGGAUGGUAAGGAGAGUCCCACGCCGGAUUUGCAACUAGUACCUUCUAUUACCACGCCCGAAGAAGAGAAGGGAUGCUUCGUGUUCGCUAGACGAGUACUGUGUGGUGCCAAGAAAGUCCCGGCCAGAUUGAGGCCGGUGCCCGUCGCCGAGCAUCUGCUGCAGCCCUCCUCCCCCGCGCCCCACCCGCCCCAACCGCCCCAACCGCCCGCCAGCUGA